CCAUACACAUCAAGAGAUGCUAGCAAUCGAAAGUUCUGCUCCGUUCUUUCUGCUUGGCCUUGGCCAAAUUUGACAACUUCUGAUUUCAUGUGAAAACUAGACUGUUUUCAUGUAGGCCUAUGUAGUCCUGUAGCUACAGAAGAACCAGUUGAAUUAUUGCCAAAAAUAGUAGCACAUGGGAAUGAAAGAGUCGGGGAGCACUGCACUGGACCGUCGUUCGUACCGUACCGGGUACCUGGACCGCGUCUCCAAGAAAACCUCUCCCGGCAGUUGCGGGCGGUCAGGCUCAGUUGUGACCGUCGUUGAACUGUAGCUGGCUGCCGAUUAUUGCAUGCUGUCGGGCACGCUUCGACUUCGUUCACCCGUCCAGACUUCUUGUAGAUCUUAAUGUUUUAGACCCCCGUUCAAGAUGCAAUUUGAAAUCAGUCAGUCAACAUCUAACAUAUCGGAAAGUGAUGGUACAUCUGCUGUACUGGAGAUUCUGCAUCGUAUUUGGGAAGAGGUAGAGACGGGUAAUCUUAAUCAAAAGAGAGUGAACCUUGAGCAAUUGCUGCAGCAUGCUCCAGCAGAAUGGUUUCAUCCAGGGACUAAUCAUGACCUAAAGACAAAGAGAUACCAAGAACUCAGAGAUAUCUGCACGCAAGUCAUCUUACUGUUGAUCAAGCAGACCAAGAUCUCUCUUGCCAGCUGUCAUGAAUCAGAUGCUGGUGAUUACAAGUAUAAGGAACAUGCUUCUUUAGCUUACUCCGCUAUGUCCUUAGUCAAGCUUCUGUUGUCAAAGUUAAGCCCAAUUCAAAAGGGAAAGUUAUCAGAAGACAUAAUGAGGGGCAACGCUGUAAGGUCCUGUGAUACUCACGCUGAACACGUUGAAGUGUGUGCUUCAUCUGCAUCAAAUGGAUGCCAAGUUGGAUACCAAGAUGCAGAGCAAAGACUCCCAAGAUUGAAUAAGGUUUUCCGGGACAGUCAAGAGUGCAGAUCACAAGAUGUAUCCAUGCAAUCCUCUCCUGUGGUAUCCCAAGAAAUGGAAAGCCACUUCUCAAUCAGACCAAAGGGCAUUGGUCUCUUUGGAAGUCUUCCACCUGGUAUUACUGAAGAGGGUUCUGAGAGAACGACUAUUGAAGGGGAGUCUGAGGAACAGUUUGAGUGUUCGGACAGGUUAUUACGAGAUGUGAUGAAAGCUACAGUAGGGCCAAGUAUUGUCUUGUGUGCAUCACAUGCUCAGAAGCAUCCAUGGACAAAUAAAGCAAGCCUUCAAGCAGCAAAUGCAUUACUAAAUCAACUCACCAGUACAUGUGGCUGCAACUCUUUACCAACACUACUCUCUGGAUGUCAUAGUGAUACCAAGCGAAAUGAUGGUGUAAAUACCAAGAGACUGAUACCCAAAGGUGCAUUUCGUCUUGCUAUGGUAGAAUUAAAGCAACAACUCACAAGAAAUGAUUGGAAGAAAUAUCCAGCAGCAAAACAUACUUUUGCUUGGUUAUUAGCUCAUUUGAAGCAUCCGUAUGUAGGAGAUCAACUGGACCACUGUCUUCCACCUUCUCUUCUCUUUGUUGAUGAUUAUGAGAUGGAGAACAAGGUACUUGGAAUACAGUGUUUGAGGCACAUCAUUGAUAAUGUGGAUCCAACUGAAUUGAGAUGGUAUGGGAGAGCAGAAGUGAUCUACGAGGCCUUACAUCCAUUGUUAUAUAACCAUAAACCAGACCUGAUUGAUAUCCUAUUUCCUUGCCUGUUAGCGAUUCUCAAAGUCAUAGAGAAAGACCCCAAGAAGACAGACCAACCGAGGAAGCUCGGGAGAUAUGACAAGGCUCUUCAGAUAAUACUCAACAAUAUGGAAGGUGAACAGAGGAUAUUGGUACGACAAGCUAACGCAAGGCAUCUUCCUUCCUUCAUUGAUGUGAUGGGAAUUACCAUCCUGUGGCAUAUGAAGAGAUUGAUUCGUAUUAUCAUUGCCUACCUUGAAACAAGUGAUGGGCCAGAGGAGACUGGUAGACUCCUCACUCUCAGGAUACUGCAAGCAGUCAUUCUUCAAGCAUGGCCACGAAUGAUGACUCACUGUUCUGACCUGAUGAAAUCUCUCCUAAAACUACUUCUUGAUAUUUCCAGAGGACCAACUGACAUUUCACCUGAAGUGAGAGAUACAGUUGGUAAAGAGUGUAUCGAGUGCAUGACAUUGCUGAAGAGGUGCUGUGGUACAGUUGUGGAAGACACAGUGACAAAGCUCCUGGAUUCAAAUCUUGAAGACAAGUUAGUGAAAGAUUGCCUGGAGAAUGUUCUGAAAAGCUAACCUACAUUCAUGCUUCCUACAUGUUUGGAUGGUCAUUUUAAAUAUCAACCAAUUUUUUUUGUUUGCAUUUACAUCAUGGUAAGCCUGAGCAAGAGCAUUUUUCAAUGUGUAUGCAAUAAAAAAAUAUGGAUAAGUAGUCAUGUACAUGGUCUGGUUUAAUAUUUUUUAUCAGUCAACCUAACAAGUACAUAAUGUUGAUUCUGCACAAUAACUUGUUAAGGGGGAAUUUCGCCUUGACAGUAAUCUGGUUUUUAGCAGAAAAAUUAGAGACAAAGAUUGAUGAAGGUUUGAUGAAAAUCUGUCUAAGAAUAAGAGUUAUGAAUUUUCAAAAGUUUUUGAUUAUGCGAGCAGCUCCGCCAUGUAAUAUAAGUUCCAUGAAUAUCAAUUUUGAAUGGAACCUGAUGAAUGAAUAUUAAUAUUUUUCUUAUACAAGGUGGUAUUAAAUGAUGUGUCUGGUGAUAUAUCCACCAUUCAAAUAAAAUCAAUUUCAAUUGUUU